ACUUCUUACCUUUGUUUUCAUUUACAAAAGUGCUUGUUAUCUUCUACUUCGUCAAUGGAGUGCAGGAGCAUCCAAAGCAUGUCAUCAAGCAGCACAAGACCCAAAUAUGACGUGUUUGUGAGCUUCAGAGGUGAGGACGUACGCAACACCUUUGCUGAUCAUCUCUUUGCCGCUUUCCGUAGAAACGGAAUACUUGCAUUCAGGGACGAUAGGAAUCUGUUGCAAGGACAGCACAUCUCCACUGAGCUGGUGCAAGCAAUUGAAGGAUCUCAGGUUCUCAUUGUCAUCUUCUCCAAGAACUAUGCUACCUCUUCAUGGUGCUUGCAGGAACUCGCUAAGAUGCUUGAUUGCAGCAAUUUGAUAACAGAACCAAAUCUGUUGCCUAUUUUCUACGAUGUGAGUCCGUCUGAGGUGCGUAAACAGACCGGAAACUAUGGGAAAGCGUUGGCUGAGCAUGAAGAAAGAUUCAAAGAUAACUCAAAGAUGGUGCAACAAUGGAGGGAAUCUCUGCUGCAAGUCGCCAAUCUCUCUGGUUGGGAUAUACAAAAUAAGCAGGAGAAUGGAGAGAUUGAAAAAAUUGUUAAAAGGGUGAGAAGCAAACUAGGUUGCAAUUUGUCAAGUGUGGAUGGGUUGGUUGGGAUGCAAUCUCGUGUGGAAGAAUUGGAAAACCUGAUUGAUUUCAACUCCGAUAAUGAAGUUCGGGUUGUAGGCGUUUGUGGCAUGGGUGGGAUAGGAAAGUCAACACUUGCUAGGGUCGUGUAUGGUAGAAACCUUCAUAAAUUUGGUGCUCAUUGUUUUGUUGAUGAUAUAAGCAAAGUUUUUCGUGAUGCGGGUGGUCUAUCUUCUCUACAAAAGCAACUUGUUUGUCAAAUUACAAAUGGAGAGAUCCAAGAUAUAUACAAUCAUUACGAAGCUAAGAGUUUGAUAAAAACUAUGCUACGCUGUCAAAAGGCUCUGAUUGUUCUAGAUAAUGCCGAAGAAGUUGAACAGUUAGAGAACCUUGGCGUGACUCGUGAUUGUCUAUUCCCAGGAAGCAGAAUUGUAGUAACUUCUAGAGAUCAACAUGUCUUGAACUCUUUUGGGCUAGAUCAAACAUACAAAGUUCAACUCUUGAAUGAGGAUGAAGCUCAUCAAUUGUUUUGUGAAAAAGCUUUUGAUGAUAAUAUAAUUAUGAGUUGUGACGAGAUUAGCAGAGAGUACAAAAAGUUGACGGAUCUUGCACUUAAAUAUGCUCAAGGCCUUCCCUUGGCAAUUAAAGUUUUGGGGUCAUAUCUACGCGGUCGAGAUAUCUCUGUAUGGAGAAGUGCCUUGGAUAGACUGAAAGAUAAUCCAAAGAAGGAAAUCGCAGAUGUGCUUCAACUUAGUUUUGAUGGAUUAGAACCCCUCGAAAAGGAAAUAUUUUUGGACAUUGCUUGUUUCUUUAACCACAAAGACAAAUGGUUUGUAGAAGACAUGUGGUACUGCCGUGGUCGUCAUCCAAAGAUUGGAAUAAGUGUACUCAUCGAUAAAUCAUUAAUAACAAUUGAUGAAGGCCAAAUUAGAAUGCAUGACCUGUUGCAAGAGUUAGGCAUGAGAAUAGUUCGGCAAAGUGCUCCAAAUGAGCCAUGGAAGUGGAGUAGGAUAUGGUGCAAAGAGGAUUUUCAAUGUAUUAUGUUUGGAAAUACGGUAAUUGAUGAUGUUAAGGCCGUGCAAUUGAUGGGACCAUAUGAAGAAAGAAUUACGACAUUAAGAGCAGAAACAUUAUCAAGAAUGAGACGACUUGAAUUUCUCAAAAUAAGAAUGGUUGGUUUUUCUGGAAGUAUUAGUAGCAUUUCUAGCGAACUGCGAUAUCUUGAGUGGCAUAAUUAUCCGUUUACGUAUUUUCCAUCGUGUUGUAAGCUAUCCAAGCUUUUGAAAUUAGUCUUGCAAAGGAGCAACAUGAAGCAACUAUGGGAUGGCACAAUGUGUCUGGACAAUUUGAAGGAAUUGGAUCUCUCUGACUCCGAAAAUCUUGUGAAGCCUCCAAACCUUAGCCAGGCUCCAAAUCUUGAGCGGCUGUUCCUUAGAGGAUGUAGAAAGCUUAAGCACAUACAUCCAUCAACUGGAGACCUAAGAAAACUUGUUGAGUUAGAUUUGAGUGACUGCACAAGUUUAAUGAGUUUUCCCAUCACUGUAUUCGGUAUAUCUUCACUAAAAGAGGUUGAUCUGAGGGGGUGCUCAAGAUUAUUUGGUGGGAAAGAGUUAGAAAAUGGAAGUGAGAGUAGUAUCCAAUGCCAAUCGACAGUAUGGUCCACUUUUAAAAGGCUUAAGCUUAGGUUACCAUUCCAUUUCUUCAAUUAUUCUAAAAGUAGAUACAACCAUGUGUUCCAUCUGUGGAGGCUUUCUCUGGCUCGCUUAAGCUGCGUGUAUUAUCUUAACCUAAGUUAUUGUAAUCUGCAUACUAUCCCUGAGGCCAUAUCAUCCUUACAUUAUUUACAGAUCUUAUAUUUCAAGGGAAACAAUAUAGUUAGAGUACCUGAUUUCAUAAACAAGCUUCCCAGACUGAGAGUGUUGGUGUUAGAUAACUGCAAACGGCUAAUGUAUGUAGAUGAGUUCCCAUUACCAUUACCCUAUCCAGCGGCAGAGCGAACAAAACUUGUGAACAUCAGACAAUUGAGUAUGUUGAACUGCCCGAAAAUAGUAGAGAAGGAAAGGUUGAGUGGAAUGGGUAGUUCAUGGAUGAGAGAGUACAUUAAGGUACACAAUGAAUCCACUGAAAGCCUUGGUAUUGUAAUACCAGGGAGUGGAGUUCCAAUUCCAAGGUGGUUUAAGGAUCAGAAUAAGGGGGCGGAUAAUUCAAUAAUGUGGAUAGAAUCAUUUCCGAAUGCCAAUGACAACAAUUGGAUUGGCAUUGCCCUUUGUACCGAGAUUGUUGUCCAAUUGGAUAGAAUCAUUUCCAUUAACCUCUACUUUUACGACCAAACAGGAAUAGGCAACCGAGUGUACUAUGCUGAUUGCCUUGAAAUGGAGGAGGUGAGGGGCGAAUUGGUUCAGCUCUGCCUAUUCUAUUUUUCUCGCCAACUACUCAUUCAGGAUGGAAAGCAGCAUGAUCUUGAUGGAUCCCGCUUUGAAUUCAAAGUAGAUUACCAAAGCUAUGUCGAUAAUGAGCGUUUGGAAGUGAAGAAGUGGGGAAUGCGUGUGGUACUGAAACAGGAUUUGGAGUAACCCAACUCUGGAAGAUAUUGAUUUGGUUUGAAUAUUGCCCAAUUCUCAGAGAAGAGGAUUGAGAUAUGUUGAGGGUGAUUCAUAAUUAUUAUGAGUAACUGGAACUCAUCAUAGAAGAACUUGUUGGUGUUCAUGCUACCAUGUUGCUGAAAUGCACUUGCCUUUCUUGGAAAAUUUGAUAUAAAUGGUGAUAUCCAUGUUUCAAAAUAAAGUAGCGUUCUUUAUUUAUGUUUUUUUUUUUUAAAUAAAGGAGCUCAACACAAUAGAGUGGAGCAAACGUAAAAACAAGCAAAUGAACAACACCUAAAGCAAACACAACAUAAAGAAGCUCUCCAUGUCAUCUCCAGCAUAGCCAUCAACAACACGAAGAGCACACACCUUCCCACUCUUUAACGCUAAGCAAGGACAUAUUGAUGAUUUCUUUGACACCUCUGCUUUCAUUCUGAAAUAUCCUUCUAUUUCUUUCUAUCUAAAUGUUCCAGAUGACGGCACAGAAGCACCUCAACCGCUGCUUACGAUCCCUCUUCCUACGCGGUUCUUCUGUCCAUCUUAGAAAGUGGUCCUUAAUCAGUUUCGGUAGAGAUCAUAGUCGGCCAAACACAGAUAUCCAAGCAUUCCACACCUGCCAGACAAAGUCGCAUCCAAGAAACAAGUGAUGGACCUGCUCAACAUUCCUGUUGCAUAAGACACACCUCGUAUCCUCCUUGAUGGUUUCAGUGGCUAAGAGAAGGGGGGGUUAUGGAAUUUGGUGGGGCCCAUAAAAUUUAAAUUCUGUGUUCCCUCCCCCUAGACCACAGCUCUUCCAUUGUGCCAUUUAUUUUUAUCUCGUCCAAACCUACGAGCAAGACAGAACAGAGUCACAAAUUCACAGAUUUUCAAUAAAACUCAAAUCAAACAUUCCCAAACUUUUUCUCAAUUUGGUCUUCAGAUUUUACAAAUUGAAUAUCAAUAGUACCCUUUUGCACAUGUUCCCUAAUGAAAUGAUAUUUUAUCUCA